AGUGGGUACCAGGGAUGACUGUGGCUUAGUUGAUGGUGUGCGCUGUAUCACAGAACAUCGCACCGCCGCCUCGGGUGGCGCUGGGCUGGCUUUGCUAUCACUACCUGAUGCAAUCACCUUCGUGGCCGUCGUGGAGAGAUUUAUUAGCUUCUCCUCCGGAAUGAUGGGCUUCUCCUCCACCAGCACCACCGAUGAUUUGGUCUCCUUCUUAUCUUUGCGCUGUAGCCCCGGCUUUGGGUACUCCUUCCGUUCGGCCUGUGUUAGAAUGUGACUCCUACUUCCGUAGGGGAUGUCUCCGCCCAAAAUUGAUGAGAUGAAACGUCGCGGGAGGGGUCGAUCGGGGGCUUUCUCGCUACUCUGUGCCUGCUGUACGCGAUGUGACGAUGUCUCCGGAGCAGGUGGACUCGGUGAGAGGCGAUUUUCUUCCGCAAAGAUGUCCCCAACUGCAAAUGAAAAGGAAAGAGAAAAGUUCCAAACAUGAUUGAAAAACAUCCAAUAUUAUCUAUCCAAGAAGAAGUCAUUUGCGACGAUUCGGGAUCGGAAUUUUCUGAAGAUGAAUUUUCUGAUGAAGAAAAUUUUUUUGGUGAAAAUUCUGAAGAAUACGUCGAGGAAGAAAACGGCGGAAAUGAAAGUCGUCAAGAUGAAGCAGAAUCAGAAAUUCUUGAAGCAGCAGAACCAGAAAUUCCUGAACGAGCAGAACCAGAGAUUUCUGAAGAGGCUGAACCAGCGAUUCUUGAAGAUAUGGAACCAGAAAUGUUUGAAGAUGCAGAACUAGAGAUUCCCAAAAAAGCAAAACUAGAUAUUCCUGAACAAACAGAAGCAGAGAUUUCUGAAACAUCAGAACCAGAAACUUCUAAAGACGUGGAACCAGAGAGCCAACCAAACGUACCUAUCGAGACGCCUAAAAAAUCAAUUAAAGAUCAAAUUGAGGAACUUAAAGUAGAUCAAAUGUCCUUAGGCCUCCAAUUUGUUGAGUUAAAAGUUUGCGAAGAUCUGAUUCGUGUCAAAAUGACCAAGUUAUUGGAUGAUGCAAUGGAUCUUCGAAAAGAUAUGGAUGAAUUUGAUGCACUCAAAGCCGAUUGGCGACAGAAAUACGAGCAAAUCAAGCAAAAAAUAAGGAAUCUUCAAAUACAAUAAAAUUGAUUUAA